GAGAGUCAGUGGUUUCCAUGGUGAUGGAGCUGAAAGUGCAGGAAAUUUAAAGGCUUGGACCCAGUGAGACAGACAAACCCGGUGCCAACGUGCGCGGACGCCGCCGCCGCCGCCGCCCGCUGGAGUCCGCCGGGCAGAGCCCGGCCGCGGAGCCCGGAGCAGACGGGAGGGAAGUGCCCCCGAGGACCCCGCUCGGGCCAGCGGCGCUGCACCGAGCAGCAGAUCGAGGAGCAGCAAGAGGAGGAGGAGGAGGGGAGAGCGGCUCGUCCACGCGCCCAGCGCCGCCGCCGGCUCGGGGAAGCAGCGAGGAGCCGGCGCCCCCUGCGCCUGCGGUCGCCCUGGAGUAAUUUCGGAUGCCCCGCCGCGGCCGCCUUCCCGAAUAGACCCGGGAGAGGAGUUGCGGCCAACUUGUGUGCCUUUUUUCCGCCCGGGUGGGAGCCGGCGCUGCGCGAAGGGCUCUCCCGGCGACUCAUGCUGCCGGCCCUGCGCCUGCCCAGCCUCGGGUGAGCGGCCGCCGGAGAGACGGGGGAGCGCGGCGCCGCCGCGGGCUCGGCGUGCUCUCCUCCGGGGACGCGGAACGAAGCAGCAGCCCCGGGCGCACGCCGGAGGCAUGGAGCGCUGCCCCAGCCUGGGGGUCACCCUCUACGCCCUGGUGGUGGUCCUGGGGCUGCGGGCGGCACCGGCCGGCGGCCAGCACUAUCUCCACAUCCGCCCGGCCCCCAGCGACAACCUGCCCCUGGUGGACCUCAUCGAACACCCGGACCCUAUCUUUGACCCCAAGGAGAAGGAUCUGAACGAGACGCUGCUGCGCUCGCUGCUUGGGGGCCACUACGACCCAGGCUUCAUGGCCACUUCGCCCCCCGAGGACCGGCCCGGCGGAGGCGGGGGGUCGGCCGGGAGUGCCGAGGACCUGGCCGAGCUGGACCAGCUGCUACGGCAGCGGCCGUCGGGGGCCAUGCCGAGCGAGAUCAAAGGGCUGGAGUUCUCGGAGGGCUUGGCCCCGGGCAAGAAGCAGCGCCUGAGCAAGAAGCUGCGGAGGAAGUUACAGAUGUGGCUGUGGUCGCAGACCUUCUGCCCGGUGCUGUACGCGUGGAACGACCUGGGCAGCCGCUUUUGGCCGCGCUACGUGAAGGUGGGCAGCUGCUUCAGUAAGCGCUCGUGCUCGGUGCCCGAGGGCAUGGUGUGCAAGCCGUCCAAGUCCGUGCACCUCACCGUGCUGCGGUGGCGCUGUCAGCGGCGCGGGGGCCAGCGCUGCGGCUGGAUUCCCAUCCAGUACCCCAUCAUUUCCGAGUGCAAGUGCUCGUGCUAGGACUCGGGGCCCCCUGCCCGCACCCGGACACUUGAUCGAUCCCCACCGACGCCCCCCGCACCGUUUCCAACCAGUUCCACCACCCUCUCGCGAGGGGGAAUGAACUUUUUUUUUUUUUUUUUUUUUUUUUUGGCUACAGAGACCUAGCUUUCUGGUUCAUGUAAUGCACUGUUUAACUGUGUAGGAAUGUAUAUCUGUGUGUAUAUACGGUCCCAGUUUUAAUUUACUUAUUAAAAGGUCAGUAUUAUACGUUAAAAGUUACCGGCUUCUACUGUAUUUUUAAAAAAAAAAAUAAGCAAAAGGAAAAAAAAGAACAGAGAAAAGAGAGACUUAUUCUGGUUGUUGCUAAUAAUGUUAACCUGCUAUUUAUAUUCCAGGGCCCUUCGCAUGGCGAAGCAGGGGGGAAAAGUUAUUUUUUUCUUAAAGUACAAAGAGAGGGGAGAAGUUUUUGUAGAAGGACUUUUAAAAAGCUAUUUUCCAUUCUUCGGAAAGUGUUUUUGGUUUUCCUUGGACCUCGAAGAAGUAUAGAGUUCAAUGUUAUUUUACAGUUAUUGUAAAUAUAGAGAACAAAUGGAAUGACUAAUCAUUGUAAAUUAAGAGUAUCUGCUAUUUAUUCUUUAUAAUAUCCCGUGUAGUAAAUGAGAAAGAAGUGCAGAGCAGGAUUAAAGAAAACCACUAAAAUCGA